CCUCCGCGCGCGACGAUCGAUGGAGAAGGCGGCGUCCUUCCUCUCCUCCCUCCUCGGCGGCGGCGGCGGCGAUGCACCGGCGGGAGACCCGGCAGCGACGGUGGCGUCGAUCCUGAUAUACCCGAUCAAGUCCUGCAGGGGCGUCUCCGUGCCCCAGGCCCCCGUCACCUCCUUCGGGUUCAAGUGGGAUCGGCAGUGGCUGGUGGUGAACGCCAAAGGGAGGGCCUGCACGCAGAGGGUGGAGCCCAAGAUGGCGCUCGUCGAGGUGGAGCUCCCGCCGGAGGCCUUCGACGAGGACUGGCAGCCAACGCCGGACUCCUGCCUGGUCAUAAGAGCGCCAGGGAUGAACCCAUUAAAGGUCCCUCUUGCCAUGGAACGUGCCACGCUUGACGAUGUCUCCUUGUGGGAGUGGUCUGGUUCUGCCUAUGAUGAAGGAACUGAAGCAGCCGAAUGGUUCUCCGCGUAUUUUGGGAAGCCAACUCGGCUCGUGCGGUUUAAAGAAGAGACCGAAAUCAGACCGACUAAUCCCGACUACGCUCAAGGAUACAAGAUCACGUUUACGGAUUGUUUCCCAUUCCUGAUAGCCUCCCAGGGCUCACUGGAUGCACUAAACGAGCUUCUUAAAGAACCUGUAACAAUCAAUCGAUUCAGACCAAAUAUUUUAGUGGAUGGAUGCCACCCAUACUCAGAGGAUCUCUGGAAAACCUUAAAGAUAAACAAGCUAACAUUUGAAGGUGUGAAGUUGUGCGACCGUUGCAAGGUGCCUACUGUGGAUCCAGAGAGAGGAACAUUUGGUACUGAACCAACUGAAACUAUGCUGACAUUCCGGUCUGGUGAAGUGAUCCGUCCGAGUCACAAGAACAAACAGAAGGUUUAUUUUGGGCAAAAUCUGGUCUGCAAGGAAUCAGUGUCAGCAAAGGGCAAAGGGAGGAUCAUCAAGGUCGGUGACCCAGUUUAUGUUCUGCAGACAUACCCUUCUUCGAAUGAAGCUCCAGCCUGAGCAAGGGCAGGGUAGCAUAUGUGUUUCUGUAUUCUGUGUGUCUAUCAGUUGAUUAUCGCACAUUCUGCAAAAUCAAUUUACAAUAAACUCGAUAAAUGUGGCUGUUAUGCUCUCCAUUUCAAACAAUAUCAUCAUGUAGCUCUUUGAUUUGUAGAUUAUACAAUAGAAUAAAGCUUGACAUGCGUGUUCGUUA